AUGAGAAAAAGGCAAAAUUAUUGGCCAGGCUUCCUCAAGACCAGAACAAUUCCUUUUAGUCCUGGUUCAGACUCCCCAUAUCACCCUCUUCCUGUAUUGCGUGUUGAGGUGGUACAGGCUGCUUUAGCUCAACGAAAGUCUCAGAUAGAGUCACAUGGGCCUUCACCUUUUAAACGACAGUCCUUAGACAAGGGCCGACUGAACUACAAGAAGAGACCAAAGCGCAAGCCUUUGGAGCAAUUCUUUACAGAUGAUUAUGAGUUGUUGAAGGAUCCAGGUGGGCAACAGAUAGGAUUCCUUCUUGGCAGCUGUGGUGUCACGUGGGUUCUUACCACUGAAAUGUGCUUCAAAACUUUACCAAGGAUGAUACUGGAAUGUGGUACAUUUUAAAGGUAGGUACUUCUGUUCAGUGGUUGGCCAAGCAUUCGUUGGUAUUAUACCGAGAAACUUGGCAAACCACCAAAAGAUUGGCGGCCACCAUCAAGUCUGGAUCGUGCGUCACCAGCUUAUAUUGAGUCAACGACAGGCAAAGAUGGUUCCGCCCUUGGCGUGUCCGUCACUCGUUCAAACAUGUUGACUCAUUGUCAAAUGGUGACCCAGGCUUGUUCAUAUACUGCUGGUGAGGUUAUGGUCAGUGUGUUAGAUUUCAAACGAGAAGUUGGUUUAUGGCAUUCUGUUUUAACAAGCGUUUACAACGGAAUGCACGUGAUCUUUGUUCCUGGAAGUGUUCUGAAAGCUCCCGCCAUGUGGUUGCAGGUUGUCACAAAACAAAGAGCAACGUGUGCUCUGGUGUCAUCUCGCGACUUACACUGGUCUCUUCAUGCGACGAAAGAAAUCAAGGAUGUCAAUCUUAGUUCACUCAGAAUGCUGCUCUUAGCAGACAGAGCUAAUCCCUGGUCACUUUCAGCGUGUGAUGCAUUUAUAAGUGCGUUUGAAAUGAAAGGACUGAAAUCAGAGUCUCUCUGUCCUUGUGCGAGCUCAUCUGAAACACUGACUGUCGCUAUCAGACGACCAGGAAAGCCAGGAUCGACUGCAACGGGACGUGGUGUGCUGUCUCUGAAUGGUUUGAGUUAUGGCGUGGUCAGAGUGGAUAAGGAAGGUUCUGUUACCUCGUUGACAUUACAAGAUUGUGGUACGGUCCCCCCUGGAGUGAAAAUUGUGGUGGUGAAACCCGAAGGACCUCCGAAGCUCUGCAAAACAGAUGAAGUCGGUGAGCUGUGUGUUGCCAGUGGUACAGUUGGCAGUGCUUAUUUUGGUCUUGUUGGAAAAACCAACUACACAUUCAAGGUUCAACCUCUCGGUGCAGAUGGUGGUCCAGUAGACAAUAUUCCCACUACUCUGAAUAUGUUCGUACCUGGCUUACUCGGCUUCCUUGGACCAGGUGGUUUGGUAUUUAUAUGUGGUACUGUCGAUGGUCUUAUCAAAGUGUCUGGUAGACGACAUAACGCAGAUGAUCUUAAGGCGACUAUUCUGGCUGUAGAUCCUAUUAAAUUUGUCUAUAGAGGAAGAAUUGCGAUAUUUGCAAUAGAUGUUUUACGCGAAGAGCGAAUCGUUGUCGUCGCAGAACAAAGACCAGAUUGUACAGAAGACGAGGCGUUUCAGUGGAUGAGUCAUGUUAUCCCUGCUGUGGACAGCAUUCAUAGCGUUGGCAUUUAUUGUUUGUGUCUGUUAAGCCCGGGAGGUCUACCAAAGACCUCGACUGGUUAUGUUCAUAUAUUUGAGACAAAACAAAGAUUCCUAGACGGCUCCUUGCAUCCAUCGAAUGUCCUCAUGUGUCCCCACUCAUGCGUGACUAACCUUCCCAAACCUCGAGGAAAACACCAAGAACCUGGUCCAGGGGCUGUGAUGGUUGGAAAUCUGCUACGUGGAACAAGGAUUGGAGAGGCAUCUGGCAGAGAGAUUGGCGAAAUAACAGAUGCGGAUAAAAGGUUCCAAUUUCUUUCAGAAGUUUUGCGAUGGAGAGCUCAGUCGACACCAGAUCAUAUCCUUUACUCAUUGUUAAAUACUAAAGGAGGACUGGCGUCCACAUUGAAUUGUGUUCAGCUUCAUAAACGCGCAGAAAGAGUAGCUCAGAUGGCAAUGGAAUGCGGUGAUCUCAGCUCAGGAGAUCGUAGCCUGGUUUAUCCUCCAGGAAUUGAUCUGGUCGUUGCUGUAUACGCUUGCUUGUAUGCGGGUCUUAUUCCAAUCCCUAUUCGACCACCCUAUCCAAAGAACGUGGCGACGACUCUCCCAACUUUGCGUAUGGUGAUCGAAGUGAGCCAAGCACAAGCAAUUCUCACCAUCGGCCCUCUGGCUAAACUUAUAAAGUCCAAGGAAGCGUUAAGCGUGGUGAAUAACAAACCAUGGCCUCUUAUACUGAACACUGAUGAUCCACCCAAGAAGAAACUCCUCAGACCUUAUAAUCCCCCCACUCCAGAACUUUUAGCUUAUGUCGAUUUUAGCGUUUCGACCACGGGUGUUUUAACUGGCGUCAAGAUGUCUCAUGCAGCGGUGACGGCGUUGUGCAGGUCUAUUAAACUAUCAUGCGAGCUCUAUCCUUCAAGAGAUAUCUGCCUCUGUCUCGAUCCAUACUCCGGACUUGGAUUUCUUAUGUGGGCGUUGACGGGUAUUUUCUCUGGUCAUCACACAAUUCUGGUGCCUCCUGGUGACUUGGAAGCCAACCCAGCCUUGUGGUUGACAGUCGUGAGUCAUACAGUACGCGAUACCUUCUGUUCAUAUCCUGUCAUGGACCUGUGUACGAAAGGUCUUGGACAACAUAUACCAACCUUAAAGGCAAAAGGUGUGAAUCUAGCUUGUAUCCGCUCGUGUGUCGUGGUUGCCGAGGAAAGGCCUCGUAUCAACCUUACCUCAGCAUUCUCUGCUUUGUUCUCUGGUUUGGGCCUCUCCCCGCGGUCUGUGAGCACUUCGUUUGGGUGCCGCGUCAAUGUCGCCAUCUGCACACAGGGAUCCGCCAGCCCAGAGACAAGUACAGUGUAUGUUGAUACACGUGCUCUUAGAAACGAUAGAGUGACGUUGGUUGAAAAGGGAAGUCCACAUAGUACUUGUCUGCAAGAAUCUGGUAAAAUUCUUCCCGGUGUCAAAGUUGUUAUAGCAAACCCGGAGAGUCAAGGAAUGCUUGGUGACUCGCAUUUAGGAGAGAUCUGGGUAAGCAGUGGUCAUAAUGGAACAGGAUAUUUCAAUACGUCAGGAGAUGAUUUACUAUCAGCAGAUCAUUUCCAAGCUCAGCUCUUGACUGGAGAUACCACAUCCAGAUUUGCUCGCACAGGAUACCUCGGUUUUAUAAAACGAACGGAUUAUACACAAACUGAUGGAGCUCGCCACGAUGCAUUGUUCGUUGUUGGUUCGCUCCAUGAGGCAUUAACGUUACGAGGAAUGCGCUACCAUCCAGUGGAUAUAGAGAACUCCGUUGUCAGAUGUCAUAAAUCCAUCUGUGAAAGUGCUGUAUUCACAUGGACGAACCUGCUUGUCGUGGUCGUCGAGCUCGAGGCGAAUGAAAACGAGGCUUUAGACGUCGUACCGCUGGUCACGAAUAUCGUGCUAGAAGAACACCAGCUUGUAGUGGGUGUAGUCGUCGUCGUGGACCCUCGAGUGGUUCCAAUCAACUCUCGUGGGGAAAAACAACGGAUGCAUUUGCGUGAUGCGUUCUUGGCAGAUCAACUCGAUCCGAUUUACGUGGCAUAUAAUAUGUGAAGUUCAUGGUGAAGCGUGUAUGUUCGUGAAUGUAUGUUUGGUGCAGGCGUGCAGGUCACAUUGCCCCAAGCCGUUUUGUAUAAUACUCGAAAGUAGGAGAAAUCAGUAGUAAUAUAUAUACAUAUAUAUAUAUACUAAAUCAAGUCUAGGUCACCAAUCAUUCUGAGUUUUGAUAACAAAGAAUCGUAAAGUGAAGACGUAAAAUGACACAGUGUAGCGAAAUAGCGAGAUUUGGUAUCCUCGUUAGUUAGACCAAUUUCAUGGUGUGAAAAUUCUCGAAAGUAAAAAUUUGAGGUGUAAUAUUGUAUAUAACAUUUUAGGUUAGCUUGCUAAGCCACCUAAGGACUUUUAAAACUAUAGAGUGAAAACUGCUCAAAAUUGAGCUUGUGUGUGUGUGUGUGUGAUAUUUUAUUAUUUUAGUUCACCCAAUGUGAGUUCAUUUUCUGUGAUGAAAUUUUCAUCGAAAAUGAUUUCAUUUAAAAGCCUGAAAACAGUUAAAAUAAAGUUUAAAAAUUUUGAAGAAGCUAAAAAUACUUUUACCAAAAUCAAGGCUGAAUAAAUGAAAUCACUUUAUAGUUUUAUGAGACGUUAAGAUUUGUCAUGUGUGUCAAAAGAACUUUGGCCUUAACUAGUCAUCGUAGAAGUGAAUCUUACUAAUCUUAGUAAUGUAAAACAGUAUAUUUUAGUUAGAGAAAGUUGAAAAGAUCAUUAAUCAUGGAUUGUUAAAUGACUAAAAUGAAUUUACCUUUUACAAUUUAUGUUAAAAAACAAGAAAUAAGUAAAAAAUGUGCUCUUUAACUUUU